GUAAUAAUUAAAGUGAGAAGAAUCCCCAAUUGGUCACCUCAAUCUCAAGGAACAACAAGAAGAAGGAUAAAGUGAGACAAGUUUCUCCCUCAUGAUGAUAUAUAUAUAUAUCUAAUAUAGAGAGAGAAACAAAGAAAGAAAGCAAGAGAGAGAAAAAGAAACAUGGGGAGGGCUCCUUGCUGUGACAAGGCGAACGUGAAGAAAGGGCCAUGGUCGCCUGAAGAAGAUGCAAAGCUCAAAGAAUUCAUCGACAAGUUUGGUACUGGUGGAAACUGGAUUGCUCUUCCUCAGAAAGCAGGUCUGAAAAGAUGUGGAAAGAGCUGCAGAUUGAGAUGGCUCAAUUACCUGAGGCCAAACAUCAAACAUGGAGAGUUCUCUGAGGAAGAAGACAGAGUUAUUUGUGCCCUCUACGCAACCAUCGGAAGCAGAUGGUCAAUUAUUGCAGCACAGUUGCCAGGCAGGACAGACAACGAUAUAAAGAACUACUGGAACACGAAGCUGAAGAAGAAGCUAAUUGGGCCAUCGUCGUCUUCCUCGUCAUCGUCGUCGUCUCUGAUAAUUCCGCCUGCAAAAUUCUCACUCCCAUUUUCAGGAAACCUUCAAACCCCAAACCAUUUAUCGACUCUGCACCAUUUGUACAACACAAUUUACGCAACUUCAUCUUCGAAUCCCAAACCCUUAAUUCCAAUUUCAUCGUCUCCCCAAAAUUUGGUCUUCCCCAGCAGCACAAUCCCGAUUCCAUUUAUGAGCAGCAAUCAGUUCUGCCAGGAAGGGGGUUUUAUGGAAUUACCCUAUUUCAAAGACAAUAUGCUCAUGUUUGGGGGUAAUGAUCAUCAGCAGGCAAGCUGUUCUUCGUCAGAUGGGAGCUGUGGACAGAUCAGCUACGGCAAUAAAGAUCACCAUCAACAUCAGCAUCAAGUUAUUAAGCAGGAAGACAUGGGAGGGUGUGUGAAUCCUCAGACUGGCUUAUUCUCGGAAGAACAGCACCAUCAGAGCAACAAGUUUGUGCUCAUCCAGGGCAGCCAUGGCAAGAAUUUAAUCAACCAUAAUCAUGCUCAUUUGGAGGAUCCAAUCAGCUCGUUUCUUGAUCUCGAUCUUGAUCAAGAUCACAAGCCAAAUGGAUUAGGUUCUGGUUCUGUCGUCGAAAACGACAACAACAGUAGCAGCCAGAUGCAGCUGCAGCUGCAGUAUGAUCUUGAAGAAGUUAAGCAGCUGAUCACAUCUGGUGGGGGUGGGGGUGGGGGUGGGGGGGAUGUCAAUACAUUCUUGCUAAGUGAUGAACACAAGACUGCAACAGAAGAUCACUAUGAUCAUCAGAGAGGGAUCUAUUACUACUAG